CCAAAAGACACUCUCCUUUUGUUUUUCUCUUUCUCUUCCUCUUCACUUACUUUGCUUUGAUCUUGCCAUGGCUACGAAACUCGAAAGCUCCUUGAUCUUUGCCCUUUUGUCCAAAUGCAGCGUACUUAGCCAAACUAACCUCGCUUUCUCUCUCCUCGCCGUCACAAUCAUCUGGCUCGCCGUAUCUCUCUUCUUCUGGACCUAUCGCGGAGGACCCGCUUGGGGCAAAUACCUAUUCCGCCGGUUAGCAUCCGGUUCUUACAAGACCGGAAACGUUAUUCCCGGUCCAAGAGGAUUACCUCUUGUUGGAAGCAUGUCACUCAUGUCAAGCACUCUAGCUCACCGCCGAAUCGCUGAUGUAGCUGAGAAAUUUGGAGCCAAGCGGCUCAUGGCUUUCAGCUUAGGCGAGACCCGUGUGAUCGUCACGUGCAAUCCCGACGUCGCCAAAGAGAUUCUGAAUAGCCCUGUUUUCGCUGACCGGCCGGUUAAAGAAUCCGCUUACUCUCUGAUGUUUAACAGAGCAAUCGGUUUCGCUCCACAUGGUGUUUACUGGCGAACGCUUCGCCGUAUCGCUUCGAGCCAUCUCUUUAGCCCGAAACAAAUAAGACGAGCGGAGGCGCAGCGCCGCGUGAUCUCGAGCCAGAUGGUUGAGUUUCUUGAAAAACAGAGUAGUAACAACGGACUCUGUUUUGUACGUGAGUUGCUUAAAUCUGCGUCGCUUAACAACAUGAUGUGCUCUGUUUUCGGACAAGAGUACGAGCUUGAACAAGACCAUGCUGAGUUACGUGAAUUGGUCGAAGAAGGUUAUGAUCUACUCGGAACAUUGAAUUGGAGCGAUCACCUUCCUUGGUUAUCGGAGUUUGAUCCUCAGAGUAUCCGGUCCAGAUGUUCAACACUCGUACCGAAGGUAAACCGGUUUGUAUCCCGGAUUAUAUCAGAACACCGUAAUCAAACCGGUGAUUCGCCUCGUGAUUUCGUCGACGUUUUGCUCUCUCUCCAUGGCUCGGAUAAACUAUCCGACCCGGACAUAAUCGCCGUUCUUUGGGAGAUGAUAUUCAGAGGAACAGACACGGUUGCGGUUCUAAUCGAGUGGAUCCUGGCAAGGAUGGUCCUUCAUCCAGAUAUUCAAUCGACGGUACAUGAUGAGCUAGAUCUAGUGGUCGGAAAAUCAAGAGCCGUAGAUGAAUCUGACUUGGCUUCGCUUCCAUAUCUGACGGCUGUGGUGAAAGAAGUAUUGAGGCUUCACCCUCCAGGCCCACUACUAUCAUGGGCCCGUUUGGCCAUAACUGACACGAUCGUUGAUGGUCGUCUCGUUCCGGCAGGGACCACCGCAAUGGUGAACAUGUGGGCCGUAUCGCAUGAUCCACACGUGUGGGUUGAUCCUUUGGAGUUUAAACCCGAGAGGUUCGUGGCGAAAGAUGGAGAGGUGGAGUUCUCGGUUCUCGGGUCGGAUUUGAGACUUGCACCGUUCGGGUCGGGUCGUCGGAUCUGUCCAGGGAAAAAUCUAGGUUUGGCUACCGUUACGUUUUGGACCGCGACGUUGUUGCAUGAGUUUGAAUGGGGACCGUCCGAUGUGAACGGCGUUGACUUAUCCGAGAAACUAAGGCUUUCGUGUGAGAUGGCUAGUCCUCUUGCUGCUAAAGUGUGCCGUAGGCGCAGUUGAAAAAUCGUACAAGAAAGUUUAUUACUGGAAACAAAUUAUUAUUAAGCAGCUUUUUUCGUUUCGCUAGAACUAACAUUUUGAUACGUGAUGUGUUCCUUUUGCCUUUUGUGCGUGCGUUUGUGUGUUGUGACUUGUGAGUCUGAGAGGAGAGUAAUGUGUUUGUUACUUUGUUCUAGGUUGUACAUAUACAUGAAAAAGUAAUUUUUAUU